AUGGCGGAGGCAAGACGUCUCUUCUCAAAUGCGUCACUGAUAUUCUGGGACGCUCUCACCGUCAGAGAGCAUGUUCAAAUAUGGCGAAUACUCCGCAUUGCAGCCUCGGGAACCCAGUUAAUCAAUGACGCGGACGUAAUAUCCGAAUGUGACCUAAACGACAAGAUCGGUGCAGCAGCAAAAACACUCAGUGGUGGGCAGAAGAGGAAGCUUCAGUUAGCCAUGGCAUUUGCGGGGGGAUCAAAAAUGGUUUGCAUCGAUGAGGCUUCCAGUGGGCUGGACCCAUUAUCGCGACGCAAUAUCUGGGACAUCAUUCAGAAAGGAAGAAGCAGACGCACGACCCUGAUCACAACGCAUUUCUUGGACGAGGCUGAUGUUCUCGCCGAUCACAUCGUUGUUCUCUACCGCGGACACCUUGUUUGCCAAGGGUCUAGCACAGCCCUGAAAGAUCAACACGGUGAUGGCUAUCGCGUGGCUUCUAUCAAUUCCCUGCAAGAAGGAAAUACUCUUGGUUGGAAAUUCGACACCUCUGUCGAGGCCACCCACAAAGUCAUUGAACUGGAAAGCGCAAACGAAGUAUGCGAUGUGAUUUAUCCCACACUCGAACAAGUCUUUCUCAAAGUGACAUCUGACUCCAAUUCGGCGAGACACAUCGGUGGCGACGGUUUGAUAGGAGACGAAGAGGCACAAACAGCAAUCAAUAAUAAGUCUGACUUUUUGGAGGAAGAGAUCGAGGGUUCUUCAGAACUCAAUCUCGACGUCGCAAAAUCUAUUGGAAUGAUAAGGCAAGUUUGGGUAUUGUUUCGGAAAAGGUACAUGCUUCUUCGAUCGAGUUGGUUUGCCUAUCUUGUGAACCUCGCUAUCCCCAUCGUAGUUGCGGCAAUUCUGUUCAAGUAUAUUCAAGAUUGGACUACUUUAGACACUUGUGAUAUGCAGCGAGAUGCACUUCUCAGCGGAGCGCCGCUCGCUAGGAUUCCUAGUUAUAGGAGUUUAGCAGGAGAUUAA